GCCAGACCUCAGUAAAAGUCAGUCAGACUCAACAAAAUGAGUUUUCUUUAGCGCGUUUUGUUGCUCGUCUUGCCUGGUUGCAAAGUUGCGUUUGAGUAAUUUCCGUAUAGCAACGCGUGCUUUUUAUUUUGUUGUUCAAUCUGGUCUUGCAUUAAUAUACUGUGACAAGAUGUCGCAUCACUAUGUGGUGACUGCACAAAAGCCCACAGCGGUUGUUGCCUGCCUCACGGGAAAUUUCACAUCGCCGACAGACUUGAAUUUGAUUAUUGCCCGCAAUAAUCAGGUGGAAAUUGAUUUGGUUACACCUGAAGGUUUGCGCCCUCUAAAGGAAAUCAACAUCAAUGGCAAAAUUACGGUCAUGCGACAUUUUCGUCCGCCAGACAGCAACAAGGAUUUGCUAUUUAUAUUGACGCGACGCUUUAAUGUCAUGAUUCUCGAGGCACGCAUGGUGGGUGAUACCAUAACCGUGGUAACAAAAGCGAACGGUAAUGUCUCCGAUUCCGUGGGCAUUCUUUCUGAAGGUGGUUUUAUUGCCGCAAUUGAUCCCAAAGCACGCGUUAUUGGCAUGUGCCUCUAUCAGGGCCUAUUCACGAUUAUACCAUUGGACAAGGAUGCCAGCGAGUUGAAGGCGACAAGCUUACGCAUGGAUGAGCUGGUCGUUUAUGAUGUGGAGUUUCUUCACGGCUGCCUAAAUCCUACAGUCAUUGUUAUACAUAAGGAUAACGAUGGUCGCCAUGUGAAAUCACAUGAAAUUAAUUUGCGAGACAAAGAAUUCAUGAAGCUCGCCUGGAAGCAGGAUAAUGUGGAAACAGAAGCUACCAUGCUUAUACCUGUGCCCUCACCCAUUGGUGGAGUCAUUGUCAUUGGACGCGAAUCCAUUGUCUAUCAUGAUGGCAGCAAUUAUCAUGCCGUGGCGCCGCUAACCUUCCGGCAAAGCACCAUCAAUUGCUAUGCACGUGUGGACAGCAAGGGAUUACGUUAUCUGCUUGGUAAUAUGGACGGACAGCUCUAUAUGCUGUUCCUGGGCACCACCGAAACCAGCAAGGGCAUUACCGUCAAGGACAUUAAAGUGGAACAGCUUGGCGAGAUUUCGAUACCAGAGUGCAUCACUUAUCUGGAUAAUGGAUUCUUGUACAUUGGCAGUCGCCAUGGCGAUUCGCAGCUUGUGCGACUUAGCUCGGAAUCUAUUGAUGGUUCCUAUGUAAUACCAGUGGAGAACUUUACGAAUCUGGCUCCCAUUUUGGACAUAGCUGUCGUGGAUUUGGAUCGUCAGGGGCAGGGUCAGAUAAUUACGUGCUCUGGCAGCUUCAAGGAUGGGUCGCUUCGCAUUAUUCGCAUUGGUAUUGGCAUACAGGAGCAUGCCUGCAUCGAUUUGCCCGGCAUUAAGGGCAUGUGGUCUCUUAAAGUGGGCAUCGAUGAUAGCGUCUAUGAGAACACGCUCGUGUUGGCCUUCGUGGGGCAUACACGCAUUCUAACUUUGUCCGGCGAGGAGGUAGAGGAAACAGAGAUACCCGGUUUUGCGAGCGAUCUACAAUCGUUUCUCUGCGCCAACGUGGACUACGACCAGCUUAUUCAAGUAACUGCGGAGAGUGUCCGUUUGGUCAAGAGCUCUACCAAAGCGCUCGUUGGUGAGUGGAAACCAGAGGGUGAUCGUUCCAUUGGUGUCGUCUCCUGCAACAGCACGCAGAUUGUUGCUGCUUCGGCGCGUGAGAUAUUCUACAUUGCCAUUGAGGAUGGCAGUCUUGUGGAGAAGUGUCGCAAAACUUUGGCCUAUGAGGUGGCAUGCUUGGAUGUAACUCCGCUGGAUGAGAAGCAAACUAAGUCCGAAUUGGUUGCUGUUGGCCUGUGGACAGACAUAUCGGCGGUUAUAUUGUCGCUACCCAAUUUGGAGACAAUUUAUACCGAAAAGCUAAGCGGCGAGAUAAUACCGCGCUCUAUAUUGAUGACCACCUUCGAGGACAUACACUAUCUAUUGUGCGCUCUAGGCGACGGAUCCAUGUACUAUUUCAUUCUGGAUCGGACUACUGGUUUUCUGACAGACAAGAAGAAAGUAACGCUAGGCACUCAGCCUACCACAUUGCGCACGUUCCGCUCGUUUGCGACUACGAAUGUGUUUGCCUGCUCGGAUCGUCCGACCGUGAUUUAUUCAUCCAAUCACAAGCUGGUGUUCUCCAAUGUUAAUCUGAAGGAGGUGAAUCAUAUGUGCUCGCUCAAUGCUCAAGCAUAUCCGGAUAGCUUGGCACUGGCCACCAAAAACUCUGUCAUCCUGGGCACUAUUGAUGAAAUUCAGAAACUGCACAUACGAACUGUGCCGCUGGGUGAGGGACCGCGUCGCAUUGCCUACCAGGAGGCUUCGCAGACCUUUGCCGUGUCCACUCUGCGCAUCGAUGUGCACGGUCGUGGCGGUGCGAAGCCGUUGCGCAACAGCGCUUCUACCCAAGCUCAAAAUAUCACCUGUAGCUCCAAUAUGCUGCCCAAACCGGGUGGCGGCAAUUCAACGGCGGCUAAUGCAGAAGUUGGCCAAGAGAUUGAUGUACACAAUUUGCUGGUUAUUGAUCAGAAUACGUUCGAGGUAUUGCAUUCACAUCAGUUUGUGCCGCCGGAGACGAUCUCGGCAUUGAUGUCCGCCAAGCUGGGUGAUGAUCCGAAUACAUACUACGUGGUGGCUACAUCUCUCGUCUUUCCUGACGAGCCUGAACCUAAAGUGGGACGCAUCAUUAUUUUCCACUAUCAUGAGAAUAAGCUGACCCAAGUGGCUGAGACAAAAGUCGAUGGCACUUGCUAUGCUCUGGUGGAGUUCAAUGGCAAAGUUCUAGCUGGCAUUGGCAGCUUUGUGCGUCUGUACGAGUGGACAAAUGAGAAGGAACUGCGCAUGGAGUGCAACAUACAGAACAUGAUUGCAGCAUUAUUCUUGAAGGCCAAGGGUGACUUCAUUCUAGUCGGAGAUCUAAUGCGCUCCAUUACACUGCUGCAGCAUAAGCAAAUGGAGGGCAUCUUUGUGGAGAUAGCACGAGAUUGCGAGCCGAAAUGGAUGCGUGCCGUCGAGAUCUUGGACGAUGACACUUUCCUUGGUUGCGAGACACACGAUAAUUUGUUUGUUUGUCAAAAGGACAGCGCUGCUACAACGGAUGAGGAGCGCCAGUUACUACCGGAGUUGGCACGGUUCCAUCUAGGCGAUACAAUUAAUGUAUUCAGGCAUGGCUCGCUGGUUAUGCAGAAUGUUGGGGAACGUACCACGCCCAUUAAUGGCUGUGUACUCUAUGGCACCUGCAAUGGUGCAAUUGGCAUUGUCACUCAAAUACCGCAGGACUUUUACGAUUUCCUGCACGGGCUCGAAGAACGGCUGAAGAAGAUCAUCAAAUCGGUGGGCAAAAUAGAUCACACCUAUUAUCGAAACUACCAAAUUAAUACCAAGGUGGAACCCAGCGAGGGCUUUAUCGAUGGGGACCUCAUUGAGAGCUUCUUGGACUUAAAUCGAGACAAGAUGCGUGAAGCUGUCAAUGGCCUAGAGUUGACGCUGAACGGAGAACGUAAGAGUGCAGAUGUGGAGGAUGUCAUCAAGAUUGUGGAGGAUUUGACACGCAUGCAUUGAAUCAUAGAUUGUGCUGUAUUUAAUUCAUAUACUUAUUGGCGAUUGAUGAAACUGUUUGUUUUCGAUACCAUGUAUCCCCGUGCCCCAUUCAAUGCAAAUCUCUCAAUUGUCUAUUAAUAGAAUUUUGUGUCUGUAAUCGGUACACUAACAGUUGAACACUGUUUAACAUUCAUUAUAUAGCAAAAGCAAAAACAAAAACAAAUAUAACUAUGGUUUU